AGCGCCGAGGAAAUCGAAUUCAAUGUGUCAAGUUUUUUUUCGGAAGGUUGUGUGGGGGAGCGUCAAAAAUUCAACCUGCCAAAGUAGUUGUGGUUGGUGAAAGUAAGAAGAAGAUCAUAUGUUGGAAUGUAAUUGGUUCGUGUGGAAGACAAUCCCCUAUGUAUCACACAUUUUGUUUGGAUACUUCAACGUUCCUAUUAUAUUCUCGACAAGGUGGGUUAAUUUGUCUAACCGCUGUUGGUGCAUAAGAAUUUUCGAGCAUAUUCAGAAAAGAAGAAGAAAAGUAAGACAUAAACAACUGGAGGCGCAUAUCAUCCCCCACAAUGUCCAUUCGUGAGCUCCAAAUGCCGACGAAAAAGGCGACCCGCCAGAAUUCCGGGCCACAAAUCAGUAACAUUCUCACCCAAGGAAUAGUUACUCCGCAAAACGUUAAAAUCGAAGUCGAAGAACCAACUCCUACGUUCCACGAUGAAAUUUCCGACCUAAUGCGUGGGUUUGGCGAUUGCGAGAGGCCGCUCCGUGAUAGCGUACAACUUGUCGAGAAAAUCGUCCAGCAGCAAGUGCGCGGUAUCCUCGCCGAUGCCAUCGACAUAGCAGUCAAACGCCGCGUCGAGGCUUCCCCCUCGAUAAUAGACUUCGAGUUCCUCAUGCGGAACCACCCCAUCAAAAUCAAUCGAAUGCGAAAGUACCUGGCGAAUGUGCGACAAAUGAAGCGGGACAGUGCGAUUGGGAUUCAAUCUAUGAUCGAGGAAGGCAUCCCAAGUCGUGAUUUGGAAGAGGAGGCGGCAGAUUUGGAGACCUUCGAAAAAUACGACGAAGAAAAGAUGCGCAGGGCAUUCCGGGCUGAUAGGUUGUCGAUGGUUUUCAGCGGUCGAUCUUACAAGGAAUAUGCCCAGUGCCGCAACACGUCAUUUUAUAGUCGAAAUACAGAUCGAAUGCGAAUGAAACUAAGGAAGUUCCUCAACGUGCCGGCCGAUGUCCACCUCUCCAACUUUUGUUUGACUAUUUUGGCGUAUUUUGUGCAUGAGACGAUUGCAGCGAUCGUCGACUUUGCGAUAUUAUCACGGUUGAAUACGGAGAAUAGGAGCACCGACCCGCAUAGUCGAAUAACUUCGGCUGGCAUGACUUACGACAUGCCUGAUUGCCCAGAGGUGACGCAGGGACGAGGCGGUGAAGGAGUCAAACCAAUAACCGUUGGUGAAAUUCAUGAGGCCAUGCGGAGAUAUACAAUGUUCAACAGACGAACUCUUGGCUUCCAUCGCAGUGGAUUGGAGUCGAAAAAUUGUUAUUUAGCUUUGUAAGGUUUGUGUAUUAAGUAUUAAACUUAAGCAUUAAAAUAAAUUGGUUUGUAAUUUAUUA